CAGAUAUCCCUUCUGUCACUAAGGCUGUCUCAACUGUGAGUUAUGGGACAAGUAGUGGAACAAAAACUGAUGAAAGUGCCACUGACAGUUACUGUGAUGUGAGCCCCAGCUCUCACUCCUCCCCUCCCACUCUACAUCACCGAGUAGAAAGGAGGAGAGAAUUGGUCCGGUCUCAGACGCUGCCACGGAUGACAGGAAUGCAUGCCAGGAAGGCACUUUUUGAGAAACUUGAACAUGAUGGAAAAGGAAAAGGAGAAUCCAGAGCUAAGCUGAAGAGGUCGCAGAGUUUUGGGGUUGCCAGCGCUAGCAGCAUUAAACAAAUUCUGUUAGACUGGUGUCGCUCAAAAACCAUAGGAUACAAGCACAUUGAUCUCCAGAACUUCUCCUCAAGCUGGAAUGAUGGGAUGGCAUUCUGUGCUCUUGUGCAUUCUUUCUUUCCUGAAGCUUUUGAUUAUAAUAAGCUUGACCCAGCUAAUCGCAGGAAGAACUUUGAGCUGGCCUUCACCAUGGCUGAGAAAAUGGCUCACUGUGAUCGUCUGAUAGACGUGGAUGACAUGAUGGUGAUGGGUCACAAGCCAGAUCCCAUGUGUGUCUUCACUUAUGUCCAGUCUCUAUACAAUCAUCUACGACGCUUUGAAUAA